AUGGUUACUGACUCGCAACGCUACCGUUCUACUCGAGGCGGGGAGGAGAACCUCAGCUUCAGCGAGGUUGUUCUCAAGGGUCUUGCCGCAGAUGGAGGACUGUUCCUUCCUCACGCUGUGCCAAAGGCCGAUUGGCAAAGCUGGAAAGACCUUUCCUACACUGAGCUUGCCUUCGAGAUCUUCCGCCUCUACAUUCCCGAGUCCGAGAUCCCUUCCAACGAUUUGAAGGAUAUUAUCAAUCGCAGUUAUUCCACCUUCCGCUCAGAAGACGUUGUACCUCUGGUUCCCCUAGAUCUGGAAGGCAACAUCAACCUGCUUGAGAUCUUCCACGGCCCCUCUUACUCCUUCAAAGAUUGUGCUCUUCAAUUCCUCGGAAACCUGUUCGAGUACUUGCUCACCCAAAAGAAUGUUGGCAAGGAAGGAAAGGAUCGAUACCACCUCACCGUUGUUGGUGCGACGAGUGGUGAUACUGGAUCCGCGGCUAUCUAUGGUCUUCGGGGUAAGAAGGAUGUCUCAGUGACCAUCCUCCACCCCAAGGGUCGUGUCAGUGCCAUCCAAGAGGCACAGAUGACUACUUGCACAGAGCAGAACGUCCACAACCUUGCAGUCAAUGGCACAUUUGAUGAUUGUCAAGACAUUGUCAAGAGCCUCUUCGGUGACGAAGCCACUAACAAGGAAGUUAAAUUAGGAGCUGUGAAUUCUAUCAACUGGUCCAGAAUUUUGGCCCAGACCGUUUUCCACUUCUGGUCCUACUUCUCGCUCGCAAGGCAAUCUGAUUCCUUCACUGUCGGCCAAUCUGUUCGCUCGGUCACCCCCACCGGCAAUUUCGGUAAUAUUUUGUCUGCAUACUUCGCCACAAAGAUGGGCUUGCCCGUGGAGAAGCUUAUUGUUGCAACAAAUGAGAAUGACAUUCUUCACCGGUUCUGGACUACUGGUCGCUACGAGAAGCACCCAGCCGAGGAGAAGAACGCAGCAGACGUCUGCAAAGAGACCCCCAGUCCGGCUAUGGACAUCUUGGUCUCCAGUAACUUUGAGAGACUCCUCUGGUUCCUUGCCAAGGAGCACGCAGAGGCCUCCGGAAAGAAUGCCACCGCUGCAGCCAAAGAAGCCAGUGAAAGUGUCGUCGCUUGGUAUAACUCGCUCAAGUCAACUGGCGGCUUUGGUCCUGUCCCUAAUGACAUUCUGGAGAACGGCCGUCGCACGUUCGAGAGUGACCGUGUGAGCAAUGAGCAGACUCUCGAUACCAUCAAGUCCGUCUACAAGAAGACCAAAUACGUCCUCGACCCCCACACCGCAGUUGGUAUCACCGUUUCUCAACGCUCAGUUGCUCGUGCUGCCAACGCCACUGUCCCCCAUAUCUCUCUUUCCACUGCCCACCCUGCCAAGUUUGCGGACGUCGUGAAGGAAGCCCUCAAGGGCGAGCCAGGCUUCGAUUUCGAGGCGCAGGUCUUGCCUGAUGAGCUGAAGGCCCUUUCCACCAAGGAGACUCGUGUCACUGAUGUCGAGAACUCUUGGGAAGCUGUCCGGGAGAUCGUCAAGAGGCAAACCUUGGAGGAUCUUGAAGCUCAGGCACAUGCUAGCUCCUGA